ACUAACCUCAGGCUUCAUUUCCCAUCAAAACGUGGCGGCAACACCAAAUCAACUCUCUCUCUCUCUCUCUCUCUCUCUCACACACACACAUCACUUUCUUCGUCUUCAACACCACUUCCUGCCAAUUCCCCUCUCUUAUCUACACUCUUGACCCCGUCUUUAACCUAAACCCCAUAAUCACUUGGUAAAAACCAAAUCCCGAUCCAAUUCCUUCUUCCCCUCCCAAAUCACCUCUAUGAACCCUAGUUUCUGUUCCUUCUGUAAAAGCCCUAAUUAAUUUUACAGUUGCUUUUCGCUUCCGAUUCAACCUGAAUUUCCCGCACCCAAAAUCCAUAAUUUCUAGCCUUGGUAAGAACUCCUAAAAAUUCGUUAUUUCAGAGCUCAUAAAGACGAGGUUCGGAUUAACAACUUUCACUGUUUCUAGGGUUUCCAAGGUAAGAACUCCCGUUCGCUUAUUCUUUAUCAGGAUCGUGACCUAGAUUUUUGAAUUCUGUUUGGGCCUAGAUACGGUGGAUUUUGAUGUUCUUGCUGUCGAUUUAGGUCUGGAUUGAUUCGUUCAUUUUGAUGAUUUGAGGCCUUCGUGUCCAUGGUUUCUCACUUCGGUUGAUUCAGUGUGUACAUGUAGCUUUAUAUAAGCAUAUAACUGUGAGUAUUUGAAUGUGUUUUGAUGAGUAAAGAGAAAUAUCUUCAAGCAAGGCCGUAUUGGACCCAUCCCUCCAUAAGUAUCUGUCGAAAAGUUGAAUACGAGACGUUAUGGUUUACGAUUAGGAUAGGCUAGUGAUUCAACAUUAAAACCUUUGGGUUAUUGAACUUUCGGGCUAUCCUGUUGGAGAUACAAGUACCAACUGCCAAGAAAUGAUGGCAGAGAGAUCAUUUGAAGCAUGGGAAGAGGUGCAAAGACAUCUUGCACACGGGCAAGAUUUGGCGGAUAGGCUUGCGCAGGGAUUCACGGGGUUAAUUCAGUCUACUCAUCAGAUAACUCCUCCAUCGUUCCCGUGGCCGAAUAACCCUCCACAAACGAAGCUAUUUGAAGUUGUUGAGUUCCCAACCCGGAAUUUCAGUAAGAGGGAUUUUGGGAUUGUGACCGAUAAUCACGGGAUUAACGGGGUUUCGGCAAUUUUUGAUAUUGGGAACAGGCUAGGGCAGGUUGGGGCGGAGUUUGGGGCUGGUGUCAAUGGUGUGGUUCAGCAAGUUUUCGGAAGCUUGCCGAUAGUGUUUCGGCAAGAUGAAAAUGCUGUGGUAGCAGUACGGAGGGAGCUCAAUAGCCAACAAAGCGAUGGAGCUACAGGUAUUCAGAAGGAUUUGAGAAUGUCUGCAGAGCGGUCUAGGGAUUCUGGUUUUGUGGAGAAUGAUAAGGUUCCUGAUAGGUCAAUGGAUGAGGAAACGGGGGGAUCCAAUUCAAAGACGUCUGAACUUCUCGACAGAUCACAGAGGACAUUUAAUGUGGCAGCUAUAUAUGAUAGUAGGAAAAAAAAUCUGGAAGGUUCUUUUGUUGCAAAGGAAGACUUGUGGAGAGUAGAGGCAUCAGCAACUGCAUCACACGGCAGCUCUACGUCAGCGAAUGAGAAUUCCUCCCUCCUCCUUAUCCAGCUUGGACCAGUACUUUUUGUUCGCGAUUCAACACUUCUUCUUCCAGUUCACCUUUCAAAGCAACACUUGCUUUGGUACGGUUAUGAUAGAAAGAAUGGGAUGCAUUCUCUUUGUCCAGCUGUGUGGUCUAAGCAUAGAAGAUGGUCGCUGAUGUCAAUGAUCUGUCUCAAUCCUUUGUCAUGUUCAUUCAUGGAUUUGCAGUAUCCAAAUGGUCAGUUCACCUAUGUAUCUGGUGAGGGCUUAUCCACUAGUGCAUUCUUACCUUUUUGCGGUGGCCUGCUUCAAGCUCAAGGUCAAUAUCCAGGAGAGAUGAAGUUCAGUUUCUCCUGCAAGAAUAAAUGGGGAACACGCAUUACGCCAAUGGUGCAGUGGCCAGACAAAUCAUUUACAUUGGGUGUUGCACAGGCUUUAGCUUGGAAGGCAUCCGGUCUAAUGGUGAGACCAACUAUCCAAUUCAGUGCAUGCCCAACAUUUGGUGGAAGCAAUCCUGGCAUGCGGACAGAACUGAUUCAUUCUGUGAACGAGGAGCUGAGUCUGAUAUGUGGUUGUGCUUUUACGUCACAUCCUUCUGCUUUUGCAUCGGUAUCGCUAGGCAGGUCCAAGUGGAAUGGGAAUGUUGGCAACUAUGGUAUAGUCGUGAGAGCUGAAACUCCUCUCAGCAACUUUGGCAGGCCUUCCUUCACAGUGCAGUUAAAUGGUGGUACCUAGUUUUGAUUGUACCACACAUGUACUGUGCAGCUUUUAGUGUAUAUAUUUGCCUUGGGCUAAAAUAGUUGAUAUGAGUGUCCAACCACUGUCCAUACAAAUGCUAAUGGUUUACGAUGGUUUACUGUAAAUUGUUUGUAUGCUCUGGAAUUUUGGAGGUAAUUUGUUGAUUUUGUGCGAGAUAUGCGGCCUGCGUCUAACAGAAUUACUUCAUGUAAAAGUCAAUUUCGGCUUGAAAGGAUUGAAGUUGCCUUGUCUCCUUCCUUCUUUGACUCAAAUUGUAGGGAAGUUUAGGUUUUUGGAUCUGAUAUAAAAUUGAUCUAGUAAGUCUUUGUUUU